AUGCGCGACUUCCGCAACGUAGUACAGCAGCUCACCGCCGGAACUCCCUCCGCCCCUCGACCGCCACGCCCUUCCUCCCCUUCCCGCCUCCGCAAGAUCCGCCCUCCGCCGCUCCCCCUCGCUUCCCCCUCCCCCCGCCUCCCUCCUCCGCCGCCGCCUCCCGCGCCGGCGGAGUCCCCUGUCUCCGCCUACAUGCGCUACCUCCUCACCUCCGACUCCGCCGCAGCACCCUCACCCCGCCUCCCCUUCCCCGCCCCUCUGCCCUCACCGUCCGCGUUCCUCAACCUGCUAUCCCCCAAGUCGCCCUGCUCUCUGCUCUCGCCGCUGCCGCCUCUCUCCCCGGGCUUCUCUUGGCCGCCGUCCCCCUCCGCCUUCCCGCCCAUCCUCAGCCCUACCUGGAAUGACCUGAUGAUUGAAACAGUUUGA